AUGUCUCUGUUCAGCUUCGCCUCGUGGUCGCGCGUGCAGGGUAGUCGUGACGACGACUGGGCGGACCGCGUGAGUCACCUGUGGACGGUGGUUCUGCUGGCAGCUUUCACGCUACUUGUCUCCUCUGCUCAGUACGUGGGCGACCCUAUACAGUGCUGGUGCCCCGCGCAGUUCACCAGUGAGUGCCCAUUCACUGGCCAUCUUCUGUCCGUCUGUUGGCAGAUCCCCAACCUGAUCUGGCGUCUGCUCAACAACACGAGUGGCCUGAACAUGGACCGCCUGGUACAGCUGGCGGAGAGCACACAGAUGGGCAAGCCCGAGGACCGGGAGAAGACCAUCUACCAGGUGGCGCGGUACCUGGACCGCUGGCUCAAGGCGCACCGCCAGUACCGCUUCAACCUGCUGGUGCGCAUGCGGCAACGCCUCUCCAGCGUCUUCUGCUUCUGGCUGGCCAAGCGGGAGGGCCGGUUCCUCACCGGGUUCUACCUGUUCAUCAAACUCCUCUACGUGGUCAACUCCAUCUGCCAGUUCUUCAUCCUGAACGGAUUUCUGUCCAUGGAUUUUAACGUGUACGGCUUUGAGAUGAUGAGGCUGCUGGCGGAGAACGGUGAGCUGAAAGACUCGCCUCGUUUCCCUCGAGUCACACUCUGCGAUUUUGAGAUCCGCCAGCUGCAGAAUCUUCAGCGCUACACGGUGCAAUGUGUGCUGCCCAUCAAUUUGUUCAACGAGAAGAUCUUCCUCUUCUUGUGGUUCUGGCUGCUGAUUGUGGCUAUUGUGGCCUGUGGGAGCUACGUGUCCUGGCUCUACUACAUUCUCGUGGGAGAGAACCGCUACCGCUAUGCCAAAAAGUACUUAGUCAUCAAUGACCACAUUCACAACAAGAUGGAUUCCAAACUGGCACGGAAGUUUGCCAACGAAUAUCUGCGGGAUGAUGGUAUUUUUGUGUUGAGAGUAGUUUCUAAGAAUUCGUCUGAGCUUGUUUUGACGGACUUGGUGAAGGACCUGUGGCGCUUGUAUAAGGAAAAUCCAGUGGACAAUAAGUUGAGGAAAAAGGACAUGAGAAGUGAUGUUAUCAAUGGGAAUGUGAAGCCAACCACGGAGAUGGAUGAAGAAGAAAUGCUGGAAUUCGGCGACCAUGUUUGAUGCAGUUAUUUUGUAUAGAUUUAUCUUUAUUCUUUUCUGUCAGCGUACUGUAAGUCUUUGAUACUCAGAAGUGGAAAUUUUUGUACCCUCAUCAAAGAUUUCUGCACUGUGGAGGAAAUUUGUAUUGUUAUUUACAGGCUUGCUAAAUGUCCGGAACUUUUAGGGACUGUCACGUAUUCGGCAGUUCUACUUGAUAUAAUUUUGUGCGUUGUUAAAUAAUCUGAUGAUAAAACAUUAGAUGUCUCUGAUCGGAUUUUGACAAAGUUGGCAAGCCUGCUGUACAUAUGGCCAACUCAUCCUUGUGACAUACUACUGAAAGCUUGCCUGUAAUUUCCUCUUCAAAAUGACGAUUUCCACGUGUCAUGUAUUGGUGUGCAGAAUGACGGAAUGAAACUUUCUCCCAUCAUAUAGCAACAUGAGUAUCAUCUUGCAGACUUUCCAACCUGAUCACAUUUUCCAUACUAUGAAGAUGAUGUUCUGUUGGACCGCUUCAUUCCUGUAGUCUUGGACAUUUGAAAAUCUCAGGGAUAUAAAAGAUCUGCCUUACAUUAAGGAAUUGAUACCAUUCUCACCACACUGGCUAUACCUGGCUUUUGUCCUUUCAUUGUGGAUUCUCAUUUAUUUGUUGGGGAUUUUACAAGGGGAUUGCUAUCUAUUCCUGUAACAGUAGGCUAGUGUAAUGGGGACUUAAUGAGUGGAUAUUGACUUUUACCUAAAGUAAAUGCCCGGGGGGCAACCUUCCCUGUUUGAUGUGAGGCUAUCAAUUAUCAUGUCUCUGAACCAAUGGGAGACAUGAACUAGUGAGAGGCUCCUCACUCAGGGUCAGCUCAUCAGGUCAGCCCUCUAUCCACUGCCUCCAACCCCAC